AGUAAUCGGUUUGGUGUAGAUCCUCUCGGUCCCCAAGUAGACGCAGGUAACCGUAUUCAGGAACUAACUGACAGCGAAGAUUUAAUUGAAUUGGGUGAAGAUUCGGACGAUACUGUAACUGGAGCCCCAAAUAAUAAUUCUGCAUCAGAUUCAGAGGAUUCAGAAGAGGAAAUGAAUCACUCGGCUAUUGAAAAAUUGAUCGAGGUUCUCAACAACACAGUAACCCAGAUUAAAGAAAACAGUAGGCCCCCUCCAAGAAACCCUCCCCGAAAUAACAUAAUUUGUUUUAACUGUGGUAGAACUGUUCACAUUGCCCCUCCACCCCAACAGGAAGCUAUUCAAACCCUCUUAAAUUCAAUGGCUAACCUUAAUAUCACUAAUCCCACUAAUAAUAAUAAUCAAACUUUUAUUCAUCUUCCUGAAGAAGAUACUCCUUUCUUUGCCAACAGUGUCACUCCUAAGCAACAUGAUACCAGGAGUCAUAAGCGUGUUAGAGUCGAGUCUGAAGACAAAACAAAUGAACCGAGUAUUAGAGAGUUUUCUAAUCUACUGGAGCAAGAUAAGACUAGUGAUAAGCCUAAAUUUAAAGUAGCUCCUGAAAUUCUUAACAUUAAACCCCUUCGAAUAACCGCCCCUGCUUUAAUGACUUCUGACAAUCAAAACUUUAACAAUAACCCUAAACCUAGUACUGAUAUCCCUAUCUUUUAUUCCGACUAUGAGAAAGAUGAUAAUAAUACUUUUGUUGAUACUAAGUCUGUAGACUUUAUUGAGUUUACUGACUUCUAUUCUUAUAAUAAUGACGAAACUGUUGAACAAUCUUUUAAUAUCGAAAAUUUAGAUCCUCCUCAUCAAAUAGAAUUAGAAAACCUUCUUUGUAAUAACAGUAAUGUUUUCGCUUGGACCUCUAAUGACCUUGGGAGGACUGGGUUGACUAAACACAUAAUUGAUACAGGUGAUGUGUUGCCUAUUAAACAAAGACCAUAUCGUCGCUCCCCUAAGGAAAAAGAGUAUCUCAAAAAUGAAAUAGGUCGAAUGCUGCGUGAUAAGAUAAUAAGACCUUGUUGUAGUCCCUGGGCCUCCCCAGUGGUUUUGAAAGAUACUUAUCCCCUCCCUCAUGUUGAUGAUUUAUUGGAUACUCUCCGUGGAUCUUGCUGGUAUUCUUCAUUGGACCUUGCCUCUGGUUAUUGGCAGAUAGAAAUGAAGGAGUCAGAUAAGGAAAAGACUGCCUUUAUAACAGAAUAUAGAACUUUUGAGUUUAAUAUUAUGCCAUUCAGCCUUGCGAAUGCUCCCUCUACGUUUCAAAGACUUGGUGUUAUAGGGAAAUUUAUUGUUGUCUAUUUAGACGAUAUUAAUGUUUUUUCUACUUCAUUUCCUGAACACUUAAACCAUCUGCACCAGGUUUUUCAUAUUCUUCGUCAAGCCCACCUUAAACUUAAACCAUCUAAGUGUUUUUUUGCUAAAAAGCGAUUAAAGUUUUUAGGAUAUGUUAUAGGGCAUAGAGGUAUAUCCACUGACUCUAGUAAGAUUAAAGUCAUUCGUGAGUUCCCUGUUCCCAAAAAUCUGCGACAGCUUCAUGGGUUUUUAGGUCUUGCAUCAUACUAUCAUCAUUUCGUCAAUGGUUUUACUAAGAUAGCCCAUUCGUUAAAUCAGUUGUUAAGAAAGGAUGUCACCUAUAAUUGGGGUCCCUCCCAACAAUGUGCUUUCAAAGCUUUAAAGGAUAAACUCUCUUCUUCCCCUAUUUUAGUGCCUAUCAAUAGAUUGGCUCAAUGGAUUUUAUCUCUUCAAGAAUUUGAUUACACCAUUAAGCAUCGUCCCGAGUACCUCUAUAAUUUUAUAAUUCCUUCAGAAUUUACCCUAGCCCAAAUUAAAAAACUUAAACACCAGACUCGUUAUUUGUUCGUUCUCAAUGAUCUAUUAUAUAAAAAUAACCCCAAGAAUCCUCAACGACCUCGUAUAAUUUUAAAGGAAGAUGAAAUUGAGUCUAUACUGUACAGUUUCCAUUCAGACCCGUUAGCCAGACAUUUUAAUGUUAUGUCCACAUAUCACAAAAUUGCUGUUAAGUACUUUUGGCCUCAAAUGGGUGAAGAU